AAUGACGGGAUAUAUGGACGAGCGCUUGAUGAAGCACUGGCGGCUAGCGUUUGGUUCAACUUUAGCAACUUUUUCAUCAACGCCCUAUACUGCUUGCAAAUCUUCAUCGCGGCAACAAUCACAGCCCUCGCCUCAUAUCACGGACAUGAAAUCCCGCUGACGGUUUUGGGAGCCACGAAUGCAGUUCUCGCGGGUCUGAUGGCGUUGUUGAAGGGGCAGGGUCUGCCGGUCAGGAUGCGGCGGUCCAGGGACCAGUUCCAGAACGUGAUGAAGACGAUUGAGAAUAAGGAGCGCAUGUUUGCGCGG